AGCUUGCGUUUCAGAAAAGGAACGGUUGUGCUUAUUUUCGGUUGAUAUUGAGGCGAAAUAGGCGGGGGUGGGAUGUUUCAAAUCAACUUCGGAUUGACUCAUUUGAUUAAUUGCAGUUGACACAAAUUUCAAGUGAUUAUUUUCCUUCAUAGCCGAGUAUUCUGCGAUCACAAUGCCUGAUAGCCGCAUGGUGCAUGCGGUCACCGCGUCCCUUCUGCUGGGAACUUCAGGCUGGGCCAUCAAAGAACUGCAACACAAGUUCACAAUGGGAUUAGCAUGGUACAUUCUUGUCAGCAUACAUUCCGUCUGUCUUCUUUUCCUUUUCGUGACCGGAGCGCACCCUCAGCUGGGCAAGGCCCGCGACCUGAGCUCGUGGCUGGCGGGCGCGCUGGGGCUGCCGCUGCUGGCCGGAAACUUCCACCUGCGCUUCACCAGCGAGAACUGCGCCUACGGCCACUGUCUGACGGCGGCGCCGCCCAUCCUGGCCUGGCUGGCCGGCUCGAUCGCCAACCGGAACCGGCUCACCGAGCUGGUGGUGCUCAGCUCGAGCCUCUCGAUCGGCAUCCUCUGCUUCCUGCACGGCAACACGUUCGGCAUGGCGGCUGCCGUCACCAUGCUGGCCCUCUCCGGCGUCAUCAACGUCAACCUGGCCGAGCAGCUCAGCCUCAACCGGGACGACAUGUUCCGCGUCGGCCUGGCCGCCUUCAACCACCUGAUCCUGAUGGCGGUGCAGCAGUACAGGUGGUAGCCGCCGCCUCCUGACCACUCCUCGGUCCGAGUAAACCGACAGCGCCCCGACGCGAUGACAUUUACAGAUAGGGUCCCGACGUCAGCGUUCUCUCUGUCAAAUCGGCCGGCCCGCUCCGGCCAGGUGUGUCUGUGACAACCGUGUAGCGUACCCCUUUCAAUACACAGAGCGACCGAGCACAA